CUACUUGAACGUGCGUUCACGUAUGACGUCAUCUGCAUGUUCCUUCGCAACCUUGUCCCGCGUUUCCGCGACAACUUCCCCAAGCUCGUCCCGAUAGUACAAGAUCUCCUUUGCUGUCUCCCGAAGUUCCACAGCCACGCUCAUAAGGAGUUGUGCCAGAUUGUGUACGCGCUGUGCUACACUGCUGGCUUUGGGUUGACGCACGGGGAGGGUGUCGAGACGCCGUGGGCAGAACUCAACAUCGCAGGUCUGCCCACCCGCGAGAUGACUGCAGGGGCCCGGCACGACGCGCUCAAUGAUCUCUUCAACUUCUGGAACUGCGAGAAACUCAAGAAGAUUGGUAUG